AUGAUUCUGCGGGCGGCCCCCGCCUCCACGCACUGUCACCGGAGUCUCUCUCUGCCUGGCAACGCGUCUCUCAGAGACCAUGACCCUGAGGUGCACCAGCUUAUUCACAGAGAGAUGCACCGGCAGAUAGAAGGGCUAGAGAUGAUUGCGUCGGAGAACUUUACCUCCCGCGCGGUGCUUGACUGCCUCGGGUCCGUCCUCACGAACAAGUACGCAGAGGGUCUGCCUGGGAACCGCUACUACGGGGGCACGGAGGUCGUCGACGAGAUCGAGAACCUGUGCAUGCGGCGCGCGCUCGCAGCCUUCUGCUUGGAUGCGUCCUUAUGGGGUGUCAGCGUGCAGCCGUACAGCGGCUCACCUGCCAACCUGGCCGUCUACACCGCCCUGCUGCGCCCGCAUGACCGCAUGAUGGGCCUCGCACUGCAGGCGGGCGGCCACCUCACACACGGCUUCUACACCGCAACGAAGCGCCUCUCGGCCUCCUCGAUCUUCUUCGAGAGUCUCCCGUACUCCAUCACGCCGGAGGGCCUCAUCGACUACGAUCAGCUAGCGUACCUGGCGAAUAUCUACCAGCCACGGCUCAUCAUUGCCGGCGGCUCCGCCUACCCGCGCGACUGGGACUACAAGCGCUACCGCCAAAUCUGCGACAGCGUUGGUGCCUACUUCAUGGUGGACAUGUCCCACUUUUCUGGCCUGGUUGCCGCCCGGGAGCACAACGACCCGUUCGAGUAUGCCGAUGUGGUGACCACCACCACCCACAAGACGCUGCGAGGGCCUCGGUCUGGCAUGAUCUUCUUCAAGAAGUCGAUAAAGCAGGGCAAGGAGAGCGUGUCCAUGGAGGAGUCCAUCAACAACGCGGUCUUCCCCGCGCUGCAGGGCGGGCCACACCUCCACCAGAUCGCCGGCAUCGCCACACAGCUGAAGGAGGUGGCGUCACCAGAGUGGCGCACCUACAUAAAGCAGGUGAAGGCGAACGCUAAGGCCCUGGCCGCCACCCUCACGGAGGGUGGGGAGACACUCGUCAGCGGCGGCACCGACAACCACCUUCUUCUGUGGAACCUCCGCCCGCACGGGAUCACAGGCUCCAAGUUGGAGAAGCUGCUCGGGAUGGUCAACAUCACGGCGAACAAGAACACCAUCUUUGGCGACAGAAGCGCUCAGGCACCUUACGGCAUACGUCUUGGCACGCCAGCCCUCACCACCCGCGGCCUCCGGGAGGAGGACUUCAGGCGGGUCGGCCAGCUCCUCAUUCGCUCGGUACAGCUCUCCAAGGAGGUGCAGAAGUCCGCCGGCUCUACGAAGCUCGUCGACUUCGUGAAGGCCGCUGAGACCUCGAAGGCGUUGCAGGAGAUGGCUGAGGAGGUGAAGGCGUAUGCGCGUCAGUUCCCGUACCCCGGCCUGGAGAGCGCCUAUCCCAUUCAGUAG